AUGUUAUUAAUCAAUUUUUUAUGUUUACUAUAUCUAAUGGUGCCCACCGAAUGUUACACUAUAUCUAAAAGCAAUAUAAACAAUAAUAGAUUGGAUGAUGGGAUUGGCAAUUUCAAUCUCUUCGACGACGCAACACAUCAAUUGGCAGUACGUGACCGUAAAACUUCGUUUAAACACAAAAAAAUAAAACACGAAACGCAAAAUGAAGCUUUAUCAAGGAAAACUACAAGAAACAGUGAAAUUGCUUAUGAUAACACUGAACUAAGACCUAAUUUGAAUUCCAAUGAAAAAUCUAAAAGAAACCUAGGUGGAUUUUGGAGGAAACUAAAACCAAAAAAUCACAAAUCCAAAAUUAAAACUACAGUUAAAACUUCAAUGAAAAGCUCGACAAAAAAUUACAAUAUUAGUAGACUAACAUCUCGUGUUGCUCAAAACCAAAUGCUCAAACUUACUAAGAAAAAAAGAGAUAUUAACACUAGAUUGACAACAUGGAGACAUCACAGUAAAAAUCAUACAGCAACACAUAAACACGCUAACAAAACUCAAAAGACUACAACCAGAAAACAAACUUCGAAAGUAGAUGAAAAUCUUCAUAACGUACUUGCAAAUUUGACUACAAAGCUGUAUAAACUAAAAGAGAAAUACGGAAUCUACAACGAAGAAAUCGGAAUACCAGCAACAGAUGCAUCAACGACUAAAUUGAUGCAGUUGAGUGAUGAUGAAAAUUUUGGAACAGCAGAAAUUGAGGCCUUGCUGGACGAUAUGAGGAGUAAAGCUAUUUCAACGAUGGCGGAACAAAAUCCAGGCGUUACCGAUUUAAUAACCAGCUCUGUUACUGAGGCUACCUUUAAAUCUGAUCCUCUGUUGAAAAAUCUAGAAAUCAUUCCUGGUCUUGCCUUAAGCACUUUAGUUUUCGCCAACAAAGGAGCUAAUCUCAAUGAAACGGUGGGAAUGGGUUCAACUGAAUCACAUGACGUCAGAGCUAGAUCAGUAAAAGAUGAGGCUCUCUCGACCGCACAGAAGAUAGAAGAUAAGAUACAGAAAGGAUUUAAAGGUUUUUGCAAGAAAUUGAAGAAGAAAGUUACACGUGAUUUUCGUAAAAAUGAUUUACAAUCAACGUUAAGGAAUCCAAAAAAACAUCACACUCCUAAACUCGUACCAACAUCAUCAAUAUCCCAUACUGUUCCAUCGACUACGCCUAAAACUCAUACAUACAGCGCUCCAAGUCCUAUCCUAAAGCCUAGUAAGUUUGCGCGGAAAAAUCGUGAAAUGAAAUACAAUGACUACAACAAAUACUAUGUUAAUAAUUAUAAAACUGGUACUGCACCAGCGAUGGAUGAUGCAUCUAUGCUGCCUGUUUACGAGAGAAUGCUUGAGAAAAGCCAAGAAAACAACAUAAUGAAUAUACUCGCGACAAAAGACAACAUUGAUAGAAUUAAACGAACUAAAAACGAUAUAGAAGUCACGAAAAGUAAUAAAAAUACUAAUAUUGAAUUAUAUGAAUAUGGCGAACAGAUGCCUGAUGAUUUAUAUUAUAAUAUGGAUAAAGCAGAGACAACGAGCACGGAUAACGAUGCUCCUAUGAACUACGAUGAUGUGACAUCUCCGAAUUACGAUAUGAGCAAUGUCGAUAACGAUGUUGGUACUUCGACAGCUCAGCCAGUACCAGAGGACACGAGCUACGAAGGACUGUCCGACAAAAUAUCGUACAAAGCCUACGUUAACGGUUACAAGCAUUAUCUGAACUUUCAAAGGGAGCAGGGCAAUCAAAACUUUUCAGACAUGAUCAAAUACCAAGCGCACAGGCAUCACAAUGUGGACGAUAUAGGAAAAUACAUUUUGAACAAAAUACCGGAAUUGCCACGCGUCAAGAGAUUCUUUGAUGAUACCGAUAUUGAAGACCAAGAUUCUUCGACGAAAAGCGACGAAUCGUGGUUCAGAAAGCAUUUUUACAUAUUCAUCGACAAUAAUCCCCCGAAAAAAUAUCACACCUCCGAAACUGUCUCAUUGAAAUCGCCCACGACUGAAAAACUGGUUACCUGUCAACGUAAAAACUUGUCUGAAUUGGAACUUAAAGAUAGAGUGAAGCUAGAUCUAGAUAAAGAUAAGGACGAUACUGAAGAUUUUAAUUUGGAUGAGCUUGAGAAAUCUUUGGAGAGUGAUUCGAUCGCGAAGUCAACGGCAGAAAAAAGCACAACAAAAGAAGCCGCCACCGAAGACCAUCUUAAUAAAGACAACACUGAUGAAAUAACGUCACAGAAAUUUCUGGACAAGUUAUUCAGAUUGAAUAGAAAGACGACCAGAGAUGAUUUAAUAGAUUACGAUAAAGAUUCAGAUAUUCGUGUAAAUAGCUUCGACGAGACAUACGAUGAUGACUAUAACACAGAAUUUAUAUUCGCCGAUGCUAAUGAUAGGAUCAAGCGCGACGAGAAGAAAUCAACUAUAUUCGAGAUUACAAAUCGAAUUUUUAAGACAAAUAACAAUAAACUUGACACUAAGGAUCUGAACGGCGCGAAAAUCUAUACAACUGUGCCCACAACGUGUUCGAAAGACGAUAACACAACGGCGAAUUUAAUUAAAGAUAUUUUACACAUAUUUCAAAAUAAUAAAAAGGAUGACAAUAAAAACAAUAGGCACCGAAGGUUCAGUCCGUUGAAGCGUUUGAAAAACAUUUUUCGUGUUAAAACCGAUGAGAAAUACACGAAUGUAAAUUACAAUAUUCAUGAUUAUGAACUUAUGACAACUGAUCCGGACGUCACUCCCAUGAAGUACCACACACCGGCAAGCGUUGAAGAUAUUAUAGAGCAAAUACCUAAUAUAACUGCUGAUGAGUCUUUUAGCACGAAGAUUAAUGAGCACGCAGAGAUGGAGCAAGCAGCAGAUACAAAGGGAACUCAAGCUCUCCCAGAAUUCAAUGGAAUUAAGAAAGACGCAUAUUUUCGAAUAGAUGACUUUCACGUGAGCACCACGAACAAAUUGAAAACGAAGCCCAGAAAAGUGUACGAGGACAGUCUGAUGAAUGUAAAUGUCAAAACUGUGACCGCUCCCCGUGAAUGGCUACAAGCGGAUCAAGGAAACGAAGCAUACACCAAACAAAAGGAAUACAACGUGCAAGUACCCGAUCGAGAUAUUGUAUUUAAACAGUCGCAACUAGACAAGAUUCCUCUAGCAGUAAUAGACAAGGGUGUAGACGAAUCUAAUCGAGUUGCAGAAAAACCACAAGUUUACGAACCGAUCGACGGAGAUUACAACGAGAACCGUCCCAAUGGCACGUUGAAUUUGGAAUAUAGUUUGUUCAGAUUUAAAAAUGCAGCUAGAGAUUUUAAUAGGAGUCAAAAAUCUACGCCUUUCCCACUAGAUGAGGUGAAACCACAGGAAAUGGAUAAAAAGUUUACGCCGCCCGACUAUUUUGGGGAUCUGCUAAUCUGGCAUAAUGAUAUACUAAAUUCUGAUGAGGUACCGACGCCUUGGAAGGACGCUGUAUUCAAUUUCGAACAUUCCGAAUACAAAAUACCUAAAGUUGAUUAUUUGAAAGAAGGCAAAGACUAUUUAAAGUCGCUUGAAAGUAAAGACAAUAGUGCUAAAGAAGAAAAUGCCAAAUUUAAAACAAAAAUCAAUGAAAUUUCCAAUAAGGCGGCCAGGAAAGUUAAGAAUACUGAACUUUCUCAGAAAUUUGAUCAAGUCAAGAAUGAUUUCGAUGGAAAACAAAAUAGUUUUAACGAUUUUGUGAAUAAUAGGGGCCUUACAAAAGCUCAAGUUUUGAUUAAAACUAGUGAGAGGGUAGGAAAUAGAAGAACAAAUAGUGCAAAGAGCGUCCCGAGCAGGGACUCCGCUAUCCUGGUGGACACAACCCUCCUCUCAUACGAUGAUGACGUCGGCUUCCUGACCAACAGCUUGAGGCAGACCGCCAAGAAUUCACCAAGAAGCAGAAUAUAUUCGAAGAAACCGGACGCUACAUCGGUCAUCACCAAGACGAACCGACAACCAGUUCAGUAUUUUACAACACCUCUUCCGAUGACGAUGAAUGACUUCGAGAAAUUCCUGAAGGACAACAGUCUGGAUGUGGAAUCUGUAACGUCUCCCAUAACGGACCUGCCCACUGACGACGCUGAAACACAGAAGGCUAAGAGAAUGAAAGCAAUCAAUCGAGAAAUCAACGACGACAAUAAUAUAAAGAUGGAUCCAGAAAAUGUCUUCAAUUAUUUAGAUUAUUUAGAAAGUGGUUUAUUUGAUGACGGCGAUGCAGAAUUGUAUAGGGACAAAAGGCAGACUAGUGUAGAUGAGGAUUUUGAUAACGGAAACGAUAGGUCAAAAGGGACCACAGCAACUGAUGAUUUGUCAAAGAAGGAUUUCGAUAUAACGAUAAUUAAUGUUGACGACAAAAAAGCCGCUCAACAUGACGCGGCCGAUUCGCAAGUGCUCGACAAAGCAGAAUCGACUACGGAACAGAUUAACGCAAAGACGGGAAUGUCGAACUUGAACAAAAUCGAGAAAGCAGCUAAAGAGUUUGACUUUUUUAAGAAACUACACAACAAUCAAAUGUACAAUCGUUUGUUUCCUAAAAACAAUAGAAUCGAGAAUACCGCUGGAGUUCUAGAAGCCACUACUAAAACAAUUAUGGCUUCUGAAGAACUAUUUCAGAAGCUGCCCAUUAAACUGGGCAGUGACCCGAAAAGAGUACGGAUUAGUAGCCACAGCUAUAAAUACGAUAUCAUCUAUCAUCGGCCGAAGAAGAACCAGAAGGGGAAAGGAGAAAUAAGUGCAGUCAAUCCUAUAUCGGAAGUAACCUACUGCACCGAGAUUGAGGAAGACGGACAAAACAGCGAUGACAACAUCUUCCUAAAAGGAGUCGCGUGA